CGUCCUCCACUUCCUCCUCCUCCUCCUCCUUCUCUUCCUCCUCCUCCUGCUUAUCACCGGCCAGUUUGUGGGAGGAAGCCGAGGAGAGAAGAAGGAAGAGCAGAUAGGGGAGAAAGAAGAAGAAGAAGAAGAAGAAGAAGAAGAAGAAGAAUACCACCAGCAGAAUGAAGUCACUACUACUACUACUACUACUACCACUACUACUACCGGCCACCACCGCCAAAACCACCACCACCACCACCACCACCCCAGCACCUCAGAACUGCCCUGCAAACGAGCGUAAUGCCGCCAUCACUGAAGAAACAAUAAAAAAUGGUGUUACAGAGUUAGGAAUGCAGUUAUUGAGGGAGUUAGGAACGGAGAGGAACACACUGAUCUCCCCAUUCAGUCUGUGGAGUGCGGUGGCGAUGGUGCUGGUCGGUGCAGAGGGACAGACUGCAAACCAAAUAGCAGAUGUUUUGCAGGUGGGAGGAAAACAAGGGGUGCUGCCUGUCUGGAGGGGUUUAAGUGACAGACUGCAAAGAGAGGGAGGGCAGCACUCUGAUGUGUCUCUGAAGGUGGGCAACCGCAUCUAUGUCAACAAUGGCUAUCAGAUCAAGAACUGCAUGGAAGCUUUGGCAGACAUCUUGGUUCACACGUCACUAGACCAGCCAAUCGAUGCCUCAAGGGUGAUCAACAGCUACAUCAACACCACCACAAACGGCAAGAUCCCAGAGAUCAUCACCCCAGGCCAUCUGACAGACACGAAGAUGGUGGUGGUGAACGCUGUGUAUUUCAAGGGAAGCUGGGAACACCAAUUCGUCAAAAAUGAAACUGCACUUAAGCCUUUCUACCCCACCCCUGGCUCUCCUGGUGUUGAUGUGCCGAUGAUGAGGGUCUUGGAUGUCAACCUUAUGUUAGGCACAUCAGACAUCCUACAAGCGCAGAUUAUACAGUUGCCGUACAAAGACAACCUCUUCAAAAUGACAAUUCUACUGCCUACUGAGAGAGGAGAGGCUGGCUUCAAUGCUACACUCAACGCACUCAAUGCCAACACCUUCUGGGCCGCACUCGACACACUCACUCUGGACAUCAUCGACCUGGAGAUGCCCAAGUUUGAAAUUAAGGCGAAAUUUGCGGAUGAUUUGAAAGCAGCGAUGCAGACGCUGGGAAUGACUGACGCCUUUACCAACGCUGCCGACCUCUCCUCCUUCGGGCCUGAGUUGUACAUCAAGCAUCUCCUUCACCGAACCUUCUUAAGUGUUGAUGAGGAAGGAAGCGAGGCGGCAGCAGCAACAGGCGCCGUUAUUUCCACUAAAAUUAGCGGUUUCGUCAACAUUGAUAGGCCAUUUUUGUUCGCCAUUCAUAGUACAGAUAUUCUUUUCUUCCUCGGCGCCUUUAUGAAUCCGUGAUUUGGUGUUUUUGGCGUGUUUUUUGUGUGUUUUUUUCCUGUUAGUUGUACUAGUAGCUUGAAAUGGUUUGCUUGUUUACUGGCUUUGCAACGGCGUAACUUUUCAGUGUUUUGCUUUUUAUAUAUUUCGCUUUCCUGGCCUCUGUGAUUUGUUUUUAUUGUUAUUUAUUUAUUUAUUCAUAUCUAGAAGGACUAUUCUCUUCUUUUCCAUCUUCAAAAUUUAAAAAGCUUAUAGAUUUUUGUUUUUCAAAAUUUUAUUAGGUUUCUAACGGGAGCUUAUUUUUAUUUUUUUUUGUAUUUCGUAACUAUUUGAUUUUAUGGUCUCAGUGAUUUGUUUUUGUUGUUGUUUAUUUAUUCAUAUAAAAAAAAAACACCAUUUUAUCCCUAUUACUAUUCAAAAUUCCAUAAUUCAGAGUUUAUGAAAUUUUUUUCACGUUUUCCUUUUAAGGUAUUAGGUUUGUGUUGGGGUAACUUGUAACAUUUAUGUAUUCUUUCAUUUGGUAGCUUGUGGAUUGUUUUCAUUGAUAUUCUUACUAUAAAUUCAUUAAGUAAUUUUAAGUACAUUACUCGCUUCAUUGGGACCUUCAAAAUCUCAUAAUUAAGCGAGUUUCUACAUAUUUUUGAGAUUAUGUCCGUUUUCUGUGUAUCAAAUUUGUAACGGGUAAUUCAUCCAGAACUAAUAUUAAUUUUAUUUAUUCCACUAGUGAUAAAAUGCUAAAUGUUCCUAUUCUUUAUUUAUCUAUGUAUAUUUGUGGCAUUCAUGAACGAUAUAGCUCAUUUUUGUAUUUUAUCUUACUUAUUAUUUUUUUCCUAUUAUUGUUAUCCUUAUUUCAUUUUAAUUGCAUUUGCUUUCUCUAACUGGCCAGGUAUAAUAAUAAUAAUAAUAACAAUAAUAAUAAUAAUAAUAAUAAUAAUAAUAAUAAUAAUA